GGUCAGUUACGACAAUGAUAACGAAAUGGGUUCGAUUUCGAUGAAAAAGAUACUGUCGUCAUUUCAAAUAGAAUUUAAUUAAUAUAAAUUUAAUUUUCAAGUGAACUAUUUUUAAAUCGUUUUGAGAUUAUUUAGUUAUAUUGUUAAAGUAUAAGAAUAAUGUCGAAAAAUUUAGUGCAAUGUCUGCAGCACCCAGAUGCUCCGUUGAUUGAGGAUUAUAGAGCAGGUGAUCAAAUAUGUUCUGAAUGUGGCCUUGUAGUUGGCGAUCGCGUGAUUGAUGUUGGUUCCGAAUGGAGAACAUUCAGCAACGACAAAGGUGGCAACAGUGCUGAUCCAUCUCGAGUGGGAGGUGCUGAAAAUCCACUGCUCAAUGGUUCAGACUUGUCAACCCUUGUUGGCCCUUCUAGAGGAGAUGCAUCAUUUGAUGAAUUUGGUGGCAUGAAGUACAAAAAUAAAGGUAUGGUGUGCUCAACAAAUCGUUCACUGCUCAAUGCAUAUAGAGAAAUCGGUUUAAUGGCCGACCGUAUAAAUCUACCAAGAAAUAUCGUAGAUAGAGCUAAUGUGUUAUUCAAACAAGUACACGAUGGAAAGAAUCUGAAAGGUCGUUCUAAUGAUGCAAUUGCCUCUGCUAGCUUAUACAUUGCUUGUAGACAAGAAGGUGUGCCACGUACAUUCAAAGAAAUAUGUGCUGUGAGUAAAGUCAGUAAGAAAGAAAUAGGAAGAGUAUUCAAGCUAAUACUUAAAGCUUUGGAGACUAGUGUUGAUUUAAUAACAACUGGGGAUUUCAUGUCAAGAUUCUGUUGCAACUUAGGAUUACCAAACAUGGUCCAGAGAGCAGCUACUCAUAUUGCUAAAAAAGCAGUUGAAUAUGAUAUUGUACCGGGUCGGUCACCUAUAUCUGUAGCAGCUGCUGCAAUAUUUAUGGCUUCCCAAGCAUCUGAUGAAAAACGUUCUCAGAAAGAUAUUGGGGAUAUUGCUGGUGUUGCAGAAGUUACAAUCAAACAAUCAUACAAGUUGAUAUUAGCUAAUGCUUCUUUACUAUUUCCAGAAGACUUUAAGUUUGUAACUCCAAUUUCUGACCUUCCAACAUCCUAAGUAUUCCUAGUUUAUAUUUAUAUUUAACUAUAUGUAAAUUACAAAAUUUAUAAAAAA